UGGGCGCUACGUAAUUCUUGUUUGGCAUGCUGACAUGUUGCCAGCGGUGGGAUACGUGUGUGCUCAGAGAGAGGGUGCAAAGACAACUUGGACCUGCAGUUUAUAGAGUGGAAACGGCAAUACUACUGAAUAGCUGUACACUGUGUAAUGAGGGACUCCAAAACAAAAGCUAUGGCUGGUCCCAGGCCUGUGGUGUUCAGCGGCCCCUCGGGGGCGGGGAAGAGCACUCUGCUGAAGAAGCUCAUGAAGGAGUACGACAGUGUCUUUGGCUUCAGCGUCUCCCAUACAACUAGAAAUCCUCGACCCGGAGAGGUGAAUGGCAAAGAUUACCAUUAUGUCACACGAGAGGCGAUGCAGAAAGCCAUUGACAACGGCGAAUUCCUUGAGAACGCAGUGUUUUCGGGGAACAUGUACGGGACGAGUAAAGCUGCCGUACAAGCCGUCCAGGCCAAAAACCUCAUCUGUAUACUCGACAUCGACAUGCAGGGUGUGAGGAACAUCAAGAAGACAGACCUUAAUCCCAUCUACGUCUCCAUCCAGCCGCCGUCCAUGGCAGUCCUGGAAAAACGUUUAAGAGACCGAAAGACAGAAACAGAGGAGAGCCUCCAAAAGCGCUUGCAUGCUGCUCAAGUGGACAUGGAGUUUGGUAAAGAACCAGAUAUAUUUGAUGUUCUUAUUAUCAAUGAUCAUUUGGACGAAGCCUAUGGGCAGUUAAAAGAAGCUCUCAGUGAGGAAAUCAAUAUGGUCAAGAAAGCCAGCUUGUCUUCGUAGGAGCAGCUUCCCGACACCUUUUCUGUCCCGUCCAGCCACUCCUGUCAAAACCACAGACCUCCAUUCCCGUUGUGAACAUUCCCUCCGAUGGUUUGCUAAGCUAAGGCAAACACAUCGCUUAGCGGAUACAGAAAGGCUUAAAUAUUGUGUUUAUAGGUAGUUAUUACCAAAUUAUAAUGUACUAAGAAACAUCAGUUUAUUUACUGACAUUCAAACCUUUCCAUAUUUUUAUUUUAUGAACAAAUUUACUCCAAUAAUGUUUACUUCGUAUGAUACUGGCAUGGUAUGCUGGAUGCUCGGUUAGCCUUUGUUUCUACUGCUCGCAGCUUUGCCAACACCAACAUGGACUCACACGAACAAGGAGAUGCAUAACUCGCUUAACCGUGAGGAUAAACUGGUCUUUCAAGGGUGUGGAAAAGUCUUGGUGGAUCUUGAUAAGUGGUAGUACGUGAUGGUAUGUCUUUUGUGUAAGCGGUCAUAUUGUGUUGAUUGGAAAAUAGAUUUACAGAUGCAGAUAUCUGCACAUGUAGUUAAAGAAGGAAAUUCAUCUGAAACCUCAGCAUUACAACUGAUAUAUGAAGAGAGGGAGAGAAAGACAUGGUGGCUGUUUACUUUCAAGUUAACUUUACUGUUGAAAUAAUAAAACUAGUCCAGUGCUUUGAACUUUUUUGUAAAAGAUUUGGGUAAACUGUCACAAAUCUCCAUUUAACAUAGAUCAUGUAGGGCUCUAGUAUAAUACAUCUCAUAAUAAAGGUAACAAGUGUUUAUAACAAAGUAACACAUCUAAUGUCACCUUGCCUUGUUUUGUUCGGGGGGGGGCUCUACAAAAACAAUUUUACUGUUUAUUUUUACAAUUGUAUAUUUGUAAACUUUUAUAUUGUGUAACUAUCAUUUUGCAGUGUCACUGGUACAGUAAAAUGACAGGUUGUACUUGUUAAAGGAAAAAAUAAAUGUCAUGGUUUA